AAAAAAAAAGGAGAGAGAGAGAAAGAAAGGGGGGAAAAACUCAGAGAGGGAGAGGAGAGCGGGAGCAGGACUUUACCACUAUAUUAUGUUGGAUCUUUCGGCGGAGGGGGGUGGGGGGGAAGCAGGGAGAUCCCAAACCGGCGGCCGAGGGGGGUGGGGGUGGGAGAGCCGCGGCCGCUGCGAGCGCUGCAGAUAGGAGACAAAAGAGGCACAAAGUUACUCUCGCAACUCGGACUUACAAAAAGGAGGCGGACGGGGGGAAAAAAAACUUUCCACGCUCCGGCUUUCGAUCCUUUUUUUUUCUCCGCUCUUUCGUUUCGGGUUUUUGUUCUUUUCCCUGGGCUUUUCCUUUUUUCCCUCGCCCCCGGCUACGCCACCCGCGGCCGCUGCCCGGCCGGGCGCCGCCGAUGGCCGCGGCCCCCCGCGCCCGGCCGUGACGCUCGCUCGCCGCGGGCCGGGGCCGCAGGGCGCCGCCGCUGCCGCCGCCCCAGGGCCGGAGCCGGGGCCGGGGCCGGGGCCGGGGCCGGGGCCGGGGCCGGCCCCACAUGCCGGGCGCUGCCCGCCGCCCCGCGCCGCUCCCCUCUAUGCGGCCGCCCGCGGCGCCGCAGCGGCUCUAGGGUGCGCGGCGGAGCAGGGCUCACCAUGUCGAUGCUCCCGACUUUUGGCUUCACCCAAGAGCAAGUGGCCUGCGUCUGCGAGGUGCUCCAGCAAGGCGGCAAUAUCGAGCGGCUGGGGCGGUUCCUCUGGUCCCUCCCUGCGUGCGAGCACCUCCACAAAAACGAGAGCGUCCUCAAGGCCAAGGCCGUGGUGGCUUUCCACCGGGGCAACUUCCGCGAGCUCUACAAGAUCCUGGAGAGCCACCAGUUCUCGGCGCACAACCACCCCAAGCUGCAGCAGCUCUGGCUCAAGGCGCACUACAUCGAGGCGGAGAAGCUGCGGGGGCGACCCCUAGGGGCGGUGGGCAAGUACCGGGUGCGCCGCAAGUUCCCGCUGCCCCGCUCCAUCUGGGACGGCGAGGAGACCAGCUACUGCUUCAAGGAGAAGAGCCGCAGCGUCCUCCGCGAGUGGUACGCGCACAACCCCUACCCGUCCCCCCGCGAGAAGCGCGAGCUGGCCGAGGCCACCGGCCUCACCACCACCCAGGUCAGCAACUGGUUCAAGAACCGCCGCCAGCGGGACCGAGCCGCCGAGGCCAAGGAAAGGGAAAACAACGAGAAUUCCAGCUCCAACAGCCACAACCCGCUCUCGGCGUCUAUGAACGGGAAUAAGACAGUUUUGGGGAGCUCGGAGGACGAGAAGACGCCGUCAGGGACCCCGGAUCACCCCUCCUCCAGCCCCGCGCUGCUGCUCGGCACCAACCCCGGCCUGCAGCCCCUGCACGGCCUGGGCCACCCCCCGGGCCCCAGCGCCAUCCCCGUGCCCAGCGCCGACCCCAUGCACCACCACAGCUUGCAGGACUCCAUCCUCAACCCCAUGUCAUCCAACCUGGUCGAUCUGGGCUCCUAAAGGCGCCUGCACGCUCCCUCCCUCGCACCAGCCCUCCCUUCGCUCGCUCUUUCUGUCUCUCUCUCUCUUUUUUCCCCCCGUGAUGUCACCAGAGACUUUGUCAGCGCUGGCAGACCCCCGGCGGCCGCGGCGUGCCCUCCGGCAGGCUGUAGUUUGGCGGGUGCCGGGCUCGACCGUGCGCAGCGAUGCUGUGACAGAGCCGUAAGGGCUGUUCACAGCCGGUGUCAGGCGGGCGUGGGCUGUGGGCCAGGACCCGCGAGUGUAGCGGCGGGCUCUACCGCGGUUCCGUGCAGCAGCUCUUUCCAGCCUUAACUUCACGCAUUUCUCGGUGUUUUUAUUCGGUCGGUGUGUGAAGAGGCACACUGUAUUUUUUUUCCGGGGUGGGGAGAAAAGGGGAGCGCAAGGCCGCUGUUCACCCGCCUGUUUGGGAGUCAGGCGUCGCUCCCGGUACCCCGUUGUAGCUAUGUAUCCGUGGCAGGUGUGCGAUGUGCGAGUUCAACUAAAUACAAAAGUUGUAGUCAAGUUAUAGCAGCAACACGCGCUCUAGGCAGACUCUGUAACCUCCUUUAGCUGAUGCUACGCAGAGAGACGGCUUCUUCGGCCUCGUCCAUGUGGUGCUUUCGCCAUUUGCUGGGUGGGAAAGGAAAUGAUGGCCGGAGCGGAAGGCGACGGCAGCUUCUCCCGCCGGCGUGCAACGCGGGCAGGAGUGGGCUUAAAAAAAAUAAGGAAUUGCUGCUCGACUUUAGACCUAACCGACAGUAUCAACCGCAAAUCACUCGACCUUAGUUUUGUUUAUUGUUUAUAUUAUGUGAAUACAUUCUUUGGAAAAUAUUUCUGCUUUUAUUUUAUAAUAAAAUUUAGAAAUCUAA